AUGAAAUCAGCUGAACUAGAUCAAUAUGGCAAAUAUGCACUCGCUACUCAUAUCCAAGACCCUGACAGUCCUCCUUUAUACCUCACAUUGAAAGGACCUGACACAGACAAAUGGGAAUCAGCUGUACAAAAAGAAAUUAAUCAGCUGCCGCAAUUACGCACCUGGGACCUCAUCCCACGCCCUGCCAAAGUUAACUUAGGUUAA